GCCACAAGACAGCCCAAGAGGGCUUCAAGACAGCGCCAGAGGCGCCCAAGACGGCCCGAGAGGGCCCUAUCCGUAGCCAUUUGGGCUCAAGCCAUGUUUGCCCAAGUGCCAUUUUGGCGCAGGCUCGCCAGGGCCACAGCGGCCGCCCGUGCGCUGCCCGCUCCGCGAGCCAGAAACGGCGAGCAUGGAGAGUGAGCGUCUUCUCAAGAUCACUGCAGGCGAUCGUUCACAGGAUUCGACGCCCUUGCGCAUCGACGCCUGCCCUGGCGCAUCGACGCCCUCCAGCACCAAGGGCACGGGAAUGCACAUCGAGUCCAAAGUCGCGGUGUUUGUUAAUCUGAUGUUUUUGCAUGCCGAGGCUUUCAGUUCUACCUCGGAGUCUCAGCUCAGUCGCACAUGUGCCUCGCUGAAAGAAUGGGCCGAUGGGACAACAUGCCGAAUAACGAGAUGAAUGGUGCCCAUCAUGCAGAUUCGGGCAACUGGUACUCACUUCUUGACGAUUGGUGCGGGAAGCUCUCAAGCAAAGAUGAAGAGAGCUCGAAGCAGUCCGAGGCAAACGGGUACACAGCCAGAGGUGGAGCCAUUUGGAGAAGCUUCACCAGAUUUGGCAGGCCGAAGGGUUCUCGCAGUCCAUCUCCACGAUACUGGACCAGAUCAGUCCAGGGUUGUCAACUAAGUUCCUGAAGUCGUUGUGCGUGCGCGUUCCACACGACGCGAUUCCUGUCAGGCUGUACCAAUUUGCAAAUCUUGCUUGCCCAGUGAGUGUCGUUUCAGGGCGCCUUGACCAGGGCAUCACAGAUGGCGCGUGGCAGCGAUUUCUUGACGAGUUGAAAGAGGUUGCAGAGGAGCAUCCUUCGCGUCCGGCCUGGUGGCAGAUCACGCGAAAUGCGCACAGGAGCAGGGUCGUUUGUUUCUAUACAACAGUCCAAGGCGUCUUUGGGCAGAAAGCGGUAGAUUUAGAUGGCGUCAAGGUCAGCCAGGGCAGUAUCGCUACCAGCGGCAUUAAAGACGUGCACUUCGCAACCCCUUUUGGACAAGCUCUGGUUGCUUUCAAUUGGGCGCUCGCUAUCCCUUAUUUCUUAUGGAAUAGCUCUGCCGACUUGCUAUGUCAGUUCGUUCUGGUGUGGUACCUUUCGCCUGUCAGCCGCUCACCGCGAGAAGCGUGCGAGAAAAACGAUUAUUGGUAUAAUGAGUGGGCGUCAUCACUGUCAGUGAGUAAUCCCUGGGUUUUGACAGCACCAACAGCAAUCACGAUCUUAGGACUUCGCACAGGUGUCUGUUUGCUCAUCGAGCUUGUGACUGUCAUGGCGCCCGUGAUUGGGAGGUGCGGAGAUCCUCUGUUGAGGCCACGUCUGUUCUUCAUCAAAGCAGAAACUCUGUUCUGUUAUGUUGUCGAGUUGUGGUCGAUCUGCUCUGCGAUUUUCCUUUGGACGACAGACGACUACAUCUGUAAUCGCCCGAUUCACCUGUCCAUGCUCAUCUUUGUGAGGUGGUUCCAGUUCAUGCUGUCAUGCCUGAACUUUUCGUUUUUGAUCGAGCACCUGCUGCCUGCAUGGGUAGCAAUGACCAGCCGCCAGUCGCUACUUUUUUUAGCCUACCUCGUCCUUACGGCCGCGGGGACUACGAUGGCGCACUACGCAUUACCAAUCAAUGAACCAACAGCAGACAAAAACAACGGCCCUGUUUGGGAGUGGCUCGCCGCCUUCGUGCGGACAUUCCGCCUGGAUUUCCUUGUCGAUUUUGACGACAAAGAUUUAGAAGGUGUGCGUCAGAAGGUCAAAAGAACAAAUCAUCUGAUAGUUGACGUGGCGAACGACCAGGCUGCAUCCUUCCACUGGGUCUUGAAGGUUUUUUCUCUCGCCUGCGGCCUCUUUUUUCCGGUUAUAGCUCUGAAUUUGUACGUUAAUUUGCUUGGGGCGGUCUACCAGGAUGCCCUCAAGCACGAUUGCCACCUCAACGGCACUUUCCAGAUGAACUUCAGCAGCAGGCUUCUGGUCCAGCGCCAUUUCUGGAGGAAGGUGUGCUGCGGAAUCUUCGACAGGUGCGGGGGCAUCUUCAGCCUGACCUACUUCGAGAGAUUCAGCCACGCCUGCGUAGAGAGAGAGGGCAAAAAACACGAGGGUUUCCGGAUCGUCGUUCCAGAGGAGUCGCUGGACGAGAUGUACCAGGAGGGCGAGGAGGACCUGCCCGCCGCGCACGCGGGGGAGCCGCCCUCGAGGUACUCCAUGAUUACCGUUUCGUCCGCUGGGCUGCGGCGUAUAUCCAGCAGGGCCUCUUGGGAGGCAAGGAGAGCGUCCACUGAGGCAAGGCAGGCCGCCGAGAGCAUGCAAGAUAUUAGAGGCUUGCUCGAGAAAGUCAGCACCAGGCUCGACGCACUGAACGUUUCAAGGAUCGAGGAGAGGCUCGAAGAGCUGAGAUCAGACGUCAAGGAACCAAGAGGGGCAAUCGAUGAGGCGAGCAGCCAGCCUAAGAAGCCCUCUGUGCUUUGUUUUGGAGGCGGCGCGGUUUCUGCUUGACGUCCGCUCUUUUCAACUCUAUGCGGCCAACAGUGGCGACCGCGUUGUCGGGAGUCGACGCCCUCCCGGGCCAAAGGACGUGCCGGCGAGGCUGCUCGACUGCCGCACAAUCUUCUCCUACUCACCGCCGAGGUGUAGCUGCGGUGGCUGGCCUCGUCUUUUCCUCCUGUGUGCGCUGGGGCCUCAUUCGAUAAUGACAUUGUGGUUCACCGUUCGGGGGACUGAUGUCAGGAGGGGCCCUGGGGGCACGUGUACUGUCCAGGGGCGCUUGUACUUCGGCACGUUUUCAUGCGAAUGACCGUGGGUGCUGCUUUGGGUGUGUGGCCCCUGAUGACCUUCACCA